AGUCAGAGGAGCAGCGAGCAGCGGACGGUUGGCAGCCUGAAACCGAGAUUUAUUACUGUGUUUCGUGUUAAUGCGAAGGAAAAGGUGACAUUGUCUUGUAUGGAAUGAAAACCUCACAGAGAUAUAUUGACUCCAAACCAGCGGCUCGGUUUGCGGACAUGGAGUGGCAGACACCAGCUGUGUCAGAGAAGUUCCAAAGUCGCUUUGGCCGCCGGCCUGGAACAUCGGACAGCGGGGACACUGGACUUGGCACCUCGGCAUCUGACAGCACAGAAGAUUUCUGCAGUUCCAGCAGCAGCCCCUCUUUCCAGCCCAUUCGCAGCCAGAUUCCCAUACCAACUGCACAUGUCAUGCCAUCCACGGCCGGAGCCCCGGCCUCUAAGCCCCAGCCGUGUGUCCAAGAGGAGUCCCUGUCCUCAGUCGAGGGUCACCGGUCUUCCUCUAGCUCCAGAACUCCGAGCAGCUCCACCUCCAAGUCUUCCUCUCUCUCCAAAUCAGCAUCUUCGCCCAACUUGGAUGCUCAGGCUGGCUUGGGAAGCGACCUUGUGGGGCCAAAGCCAGACUGCCUGAGCCGCUACCGAAGCCUUGUCAAUGGGCUGGACCACUCACUUUUCCCUGCAGAUCACACACGAGUGGACGAAGGCCACAGGUUUGACACUCCUGCUGUGGAACCCACGCUAAAUCAGUCAGCCCUGUUGGGGGGGUUGUGCCCUGAUGUUAGACUCCGAUUACAGACGACAGGGAUGUCUGAGGCCUACAGGGGAGGCAUGGACCACAGCUAUAAAGUUCUGCCUGAAGCGAGGCCAGGGGUAUCUGGCACAGCAGAGCCCUCCAGUCAGAGGGGCAGUCAGCCCGGUGGGGCCGGAUCUGCCGGGGUUUAUGCGAGCCCCCUCAGCCUGCAGACACAGGCUCUGCUGAGGGAGCAGGCCGGCUCCAAAGGUUAUGAGCCACUGCGGCAGGACAGAUGUAGUGAACUUUCCAGCUGGCAGCAAAAGCAGCAACUGGAGAGUUUACGGCUGCAAGUGGAACAAAUGCAGUUAAUGAGUGCAGGAGUGGGUCAGUAUCCAUCUUUAUACUCAACGCCCAUGCACACAGAGUCUGGCAAGUGGGACGCUCUGGUCAAAGCCAGCGAGAGUCUGCUGAAGGAGAAGGAGCUUAUUAUUGAGCGACAAAAGCAACAUAUGAACCACUUGGAGCAGCGUCUGAGAGAAAGCGAGCUGCAAGUCCAUGGAGCCCUCCUGAGCAGAGGGGCUUCUUAUGGGGACAUGUGUAUGCUGCGGCUACAGGAAGCUCAGAGGGAGAAUGCCUUCCUGCGGGCGCAGUUUGCCGAGCGCACCGACUGUGUUGCCCUGGAGAAGGCGGAGGCAGAGCACAGGCUGGGGGCAGUUGAGGCUGAGACACGCCGACUGACUGACAGCCUGAAAGAGACCUGCGAGAGGCACGCAGAGGAGAUGAAGAAACAGGAAGAGAGGAUCCGGAGUCGAGACAAGCACAUCAGCAACCUGAAGAAGAAGUGUCAGAAGGAGGCAGAGCUGAAGAGAGAGAACCAGCAGCGGAUUGAGACUCUGGAGCGCUAUCUCGCUGACCUGCCCACCUUGGAGGACUACCAGGGCCAGAACAAGCAGCUUCUGGAGGCUGAGCAGCAGGCGGCUCAGCUACAAGACAAAGUAAGAGAGUUGGAGGUCUGUCUAGAGGCGACACGCUCACAGAUACGGGAAAAAGAUGCACAGCUGGAGGAGCAGAAACGCAGAGAGAGAGACCUUCUGACCACCAUUACUGACAUGCAGCAGCGGGUGCAGCAGGGCCUGGAGGAUGGAGCCCGACUGCCUUCACUGGAUAUUGAAAAGCUCAGAGGAGAGAACUGUGCUUUGAAAGAGGAGCAGCAGAGACUCAAAAAGGUAAUUGAGAAGCAGCACCGGAUGUUGGAACAACUGGGCUCCCAGAUUCAGGCUUUGGAGGAGCAGAUAUCUCAGGAAGACAGCAGCUCUCAGGCUCUGAGAGAGGAGGUGUUGGCCAAAGAGCAGAACAUGUCAGAGCUCCACACAGCAAUGAAAGAGCUUUCGGCCCAGAACCAAGAGCUGAUGGAGCAGAAUCUCACCCUGCGGGAGCAGAUGAGCAAUCCGGAGCAGAGGAGCACUAACCAGGCUUCCUCUGCCCUGCAGCCAGCCGGAGCUCGUCUGACACAGAGGCUUCAUCUGGAGAUUGCUUCCUGCCUCAGUGACCUGCGCUCCCUGUGUAGCAUUCUGACCCAGAGAGCCCAGGGACAGGACCCCAACCUGUCCCUGCUGCUGGGCCUCACAUCCCCUCUACCAGUGGCAGGACAGGAUGAGGACUGGAUGAGUCCAGAGGUGCUGCAGAAGAAGUUGGUUGAAGCACAGCAGCUCCGUCGAGAUGUUGAGGGAUUACGUAAUGUGAUACUGGACCGUUACGCGCAGGAUAUGGGAGAAAACUGCAUCACCCAAUAACCUGGAACCUGAGUGUGCCCCAUUUUCACCUCAGAAGCUUCUAAAACGGGCUCGUCUGUGAUGCCUAGUUGUUGAAUGUCAGGAAGAGGACUGGAUUUUUAAUUUUCUUGAAAUGAGGACAGAGGAAAGCCCAAAUGGUUUAGCUUCCACUUCUCUCGACUGACUGACUGCACGCUGAUUCUCAAGCUCAAACCUCCCUUCCUCCCCAUGAGUUCAUCUAUUUCAGUCCAAGGGCUAACAGAAAGUAACUUACCUCUAAUACUUGAUCCUUGAUUAUUUUGUGUGUUUGUGUGUGUUUUUUAAUAAUGAUGACACGAUGCUGUCAUCUACAAAACAGUCUUAUACUUUCUCCCUUCUUUAGUGGAUAAUUAUUUGUGUAGAAGUCCCAAAAAUAUAAUUUAUUUAACUCUCCAUUUCCCUCUUGAGGGAAAUGAUCCAACAAGUGGUUGACAAUCAACUGAAGAUAUUUUAAUCUGCGCUUUUAAGUGAAUUCACAAGGAAAUUUUACUAACAUGCCAUUAUUUAAAAUGGCGGACACCGUAACACGAGACUCUGCUGUGAGGUUUAAUAACUGAAGGAUUUAAUACCAAACCAGCGCUCUCACACCACCAGGCCUACAACUGUUUUAUUACCAAAGAAACUGGUCAAGGCGGCGGUGCAAGUCCGCGAAAUGUCUGUGAGCGCUUUCGUCCCGAAUGAAAACCAACAUGUGCCUUUUUUUUCUUCUUCUUUUUGUCACGUUUGCAACCACAAUGCUAAUUCAUGUCAGACCAACCACAAAGGGCUGUCUGCACCUGACUCUUCCAGUACGACCUUUUCUCCCAGCGUAUCAACCAGUAGGAUAGUCAAUACAUUCCCUGACUAUGAAUGUAGCGGAUAACUGUGGGCCGCGUCAUGGAGCCCCCCCCACACACACCUCAUUGUUUGUGUUCCUGGUGGAUAGAUGAAGUUAAUGAAAGCUAGUUAGUCUGGGUGAUCGACGUAGACGAAUAACUUCACAACAUACUGUACGUUUCAGGUUGAUGACAGCUGACUCGCAUUCGCCAGAGUGGUUAAUUGUUUGAUAAAUGUUACAACAUAGAACCAGUAUUGAUCUUCAGUAUUAUUUAUUUGUUUUUUGUUUGUAUUGACAACUCAGUGUGAAAGCGUUCUGGAUCCUCAUGUGUUUCUGUAAUAAUAUUAAUAAUAAUGAUGAUAAUAUGCUAAUGUUUUUGAGCAAAUUUGGUAUCCACAGUGUGUAAAGGUCCCAUGAAGUGGCUUUCAGAUAAUUUUCUCUUUUAGUUUGAUGUAUUAAAUAGGAUGAUGGGGCGGUUUGAUGUUUUAAUCCCAUGUGGUGGUGGUGAUAAUGAUGAUGAUGAUGAUGAUGGUGACGGAGGGGUUGGCUGGAUCACCCCCAAAGUCACAGAUCACAUUGUAUUGGAUGGAUUUUUGCCCUGAGUGUGCAGUCUAAAGCCAUUAUAAACUUGACACUUUACAGGGAGAGAAAAAGGGAUUUUAAUAUGAAAAUAUGCAACAGUUACAUGUUUGUGUGACAAACUUUACAGAUCAACACACCCAGGGACACACAAGCCAUCUUUACAUUUCAUGGGACCUUUUAAACUUCAAGUAGCACAAGAUUUCUCUUUGGAAAGUCAGGCUCUGCAUGCCUUAACAUCUCAAAUGUUUUGCAAAAGGGAAAAGAUGUUUAUAUUUUCAUACCUUUGUCCUUGUUUGUAUUUGCAUAUUUUAGAAAUAAAGAUUUUCAACUUUU